AUGGGAGUGGCUGUGACUGCAGUAUAUCAACCCAAUUCCCCAAACUCCAUUCUUCCUCACUCUUUCAACUUCACCAACACCGCUAAUUUACUACAAUCGCCGCUUCCGUUUCAUUCACUGCGUCUUCUGAACGUGCCUACUCUUUCUACUCUCCAGACACAACACGAAAAUGUUCGGAAAGAAGAGCCGCAGGGCUUCACUGCUGAAGCGCCUCAGCGCCAUUUGGGAGGCUCCACGAGCAAGUCUCUCCAGACUGAGCCACAAGAGAGCGACGAGAUCGUCUUCAUCUUCGAUCAAUACCGGCAAAAGCAGCCAAACCUCCUUCCAUUCAUUUACCUCGCCUUCAUCUGA